AGGGUGGAGGUAAGUCGGAGUGUGGAGAACUGCGAAUGCUGGAGGCAGCGUACAACAACAACAACAUCCGUCUAUGACGUCGCUUCCGCCGCCACCACAGCAGCAGCGGCAGCAGCGGCCAGUCUGUCCUUCCAUCUUCCCCCCACCACCACCAGCAACAACCUUCGCGCAAGCGGCAGCGCGUGUUCGUGCUCUCAUCAUAUCGUCCGGUCUGUUGUGAGUGACAUCGCCGACCACCCACACGGCGAGUCGCGGCACCAUAUCGGCAUCGUGACACUCGAACCGUGUGUGUGUGUCACACCUGGCUGCACCCUGCGACAUCACAUCCGUCUGUGCAUCACUGCCGUGAUGAGAACGUCUGCAGCUUCGGUGACAUCACGCGCGUGACUGACCGCAACAUAACAACUUAUUUAAAAAAUAAUAACAAGUUGUCUCAGUUAUAUAUUCGACAAUCGGUGUCUGGUUAGGAAGCUUCUUAAGCGCUCCACCAAGGUAUUUGCUAAAAAGGAGUUUGUUUUGACAGCACGAGCUCUUCAGCAGGGAACGCCGAGUUAGUCCACGUGUGAUGUGAUUUUCAUGCACGUGGUAUUGUGACGUAAAAGCACGUGCAAUGCAUGGUGGGACUGCGGCAUCAGAUGCUGUGAGUGAGAUCCACGCCAGAAGCUUGUGUUUGUUUCCAGGCCUUCCUCAUCAGGCCAUCAUCAAAGUGGAGCUUGCUGAAUCGCAAACUAAGUGAAAGCAAAGUGGGUGUCUUUGGUAAAACUGACCAGCACGUGCAGAACAGGGACCUGGUCUGACCCCAAAAAGUCUCUCUCUGCUGGAUGCCAACACCUUUAACAGUCCCACCCAACUCCUUCAGUCCCCCUCCCCUACCCACCUUGCCAGUGUCUGCGCCAGGUGGAAGAGAUAGAACUCUCGGUUUGGACUACAAUGACUUCGGGGUGUUGAAUCUCAGUUUCAAGAGCACUGACCACCGUUAGGAAAGGGGUGAGGGUUAGAAUCAGCUAGAAUCAGCCUCCUGCUACAGCCCUGGGUGCAAGGAAACCCCAUCACUGGGGCAGACGAGUCCCGAGAUUGUGGAAUUUACGGCAGGGGAAUGCCACUUUGUGAUCGACCGUUAUGUGGGUUGCGUCAGAGUAGCUAACGUAUGGACGGGAAAGGAUUUGGAGAGCAGGCAAGAUAAAUUUAGAAACGAAAACGAUAAAAGGGUUUUCGCUGGAGUCCGCAGCGGAGCGAGGGAAGAGCGAUGGAAGCUGGUCGAGGUGUGGCGUCCAUCCUGACGGUCUGGGGAUGUGCACUGGCCUUGAUGAUGUUCGCACCUGGGACUGCCUCACAGGCAACAAGAACAGUGCACGUGUCCUCCAUACUGAUCAAGCCCUACCUGCAGCAUUUGGAUGUCAACGGUAGCACGGAGUACGAUGGCUACAUCCAGGAACUUCUGGAGGAGGUGGGGCGUCUCACCAACGUCGACUUCAAGAUCCACAGCCUCAACACGGUGUACGGCGCUCUGGUCGACGGCUCGUGGACCGGUCUAGUGGGCGAUGUGGUCAACAAAAAAGUGGAACUUGUGGCCGCGCCCUUGACGAUGACGUCAUCACGGAACAAGGUGCUGGACUUCUCGGUGCCGUUCCAGGACUUCGGACCGGUCAUCGUCAUGCGUCGUCCACGCAACGAACAGCCGAGCUUUGGCGAGCGCUUCUCGCGCAUCUUCGCCCCCUUGUCGCACAGCGUGUGGCUGAUGGCGCUCGUCGCCUACUUCAUCACCAGCGUCGUCCUGUACAUCAUCUGCCACUGCAACCCUUACGAGUGGCGCCACCUGUACCGCGACGGGCAGGCCACCUACCGAGAGGGCGAGUCCUUCACAUGCAUGAACGCCUUCUGGUUUAUGAUGAGCACCUGGAUGUUGCAAGGAUUUGUGCGGGCCCCAAGAUCACUGGGAGGGAGGCUGGUGGUGACCUUCUGGUGGAUGUUCAUCAUUGCCUUCUUGCUGACCUACACGGCCAGUCUCGCCAACCUGCUGCGCGUGGGGCCUUCUUCUAUGGACGACGAGCACUACUCACGCAUCCUGAACUUUGAGGACCUGGCCAAGCAGACAGAGGUGUCCUACGGAUUUCUGGGAGGAGGCUCAACCGAAACCUACUUCAAGAACGCAAAGGUGCCACAUCUGAAGACCAUCUGGUCACAAGUCAACAAAAGGAAGACGGCGACCUCUUCCACAGAGAAGGGCAUCGAGAAGGUCCGCAACUCUCCAGACUCCCGGCCCUUCGCCUUCAUCAUGGAGUCCUCCAUGGCCAAGUACAUGCUGCGGCAGGAACCGUGCAACCUGUACAUGGUCAGCGACCUGACGGUGAGUGGUGCGUACGCUCUAGCCUACCUGCCGGGCUGGGACCUGGCCAGGCAGGUGGAUGAGGCGCUGCUGAUCAUGCGUGAAAACGGCACGCUCAAGCUGCUGGAGGACAGGUGGUUCCGCGGCCAGUGCGAGGGCAACAUCGUUGACCCCACCUACUGGGAGAAAAUGAAGGGUACCCCGUUCUACCCGGUCGAUCUUGGUUCCUUCUCCGGGGCUCUGGUGAUCCUGCUGGCGGGUGUCGUGGCUGGGAGCCUGGUCACCGUCUUGGAGAUCAUCAUUUUUAAAAAAGCAGAACUGGCGGAGGAUGAAGCGACCCUUCCAAUGAAAACUAGCAACAAACAGGAAGAGCAAAAUAAAAUCAAGGCCGAUAACCAGCUUGGCAUAAACGAAAGCGUCACCGACGUAUAACGAGGCUGUCGUCGAGAUACCGUUAGUGUGACGUCAGACAGCAGCAAGACACCAACAGGACGUCAGUAUGUACCAUCGGCAUGGCGUCAGACAGCAGCGAGAGACCAUCGGCGUCACGUCAGACUAAAUAUAGCAUCAGUAUGUCGUCGGAUGACAGCAAGAUAUGCAGAGCUGCAGGAGUAGAUGGGGAGGACGUCAGACAACAGCAAGAUACUGUAAGCAGGAUACUAAACAGCAACCAUCAUCAUCAUCAUCAUCAUCAUCAUCAUCAUCAAUCCAUCAAUCCAUCCAUCAAUCCAUCCAUCCAUCAUCGUCUUCGUCGUCGUCGUCAUUGACACAUAGCAAGGUCUCCUCGAAUCACACUAUUAUUGAAGAAUCGUCGACGAGGAGCUGGUGUGGACUGACGAGGAGAGUGGAGUGAAAAGAAACACGGACGAAACUGUCUUUACAGCCUCUCCACUUUGUUGUCGUUGAUGCUGUCUACAUGAACGUCUCGUCCGCAGCGGCAGGUGAAACAAAGGCUCCCCCUGUUCGCUGGCUCUCCACCGGUCGGUGAUUUAUACCUCCCCCAUCUUAUCCCUCUUUACUAGUAAUUUUUCGGUCUGUGCUCUUGUUAUUAAUUGUGCAGGGUGAACAGCUUAGGGAGAGUGUUUGUAGUCUGGUACCUGUCACAUAUAAUGGGGAUCUCUCAAACUGGUGUGCGUUACUUGAGAGGUUAGUGAGAUCACGUGUUGUGCGAAAGCAACCGUUCGGGUCUCACAUUUGCUGCUCUUUCAACUGUAGUCAGUUUUCAUUUACCGCUACUGCUGUGAUCUCCAGGAACGAGCCCCCGUUGUUUAUCUUCUAGCAUCCGUUAGCAGGCCAUCUGCUUGAUCAUUGCCUGCUACUCCACACAGUAUGCGGAUCCAGAGAAUGACGACCUCCGAUUAACGCCGGAUCCCUGUUCCUCCGGUACCCAAGGGAAUGCGUGUGCACUUUUGAUGAUUUGGUUGACCGAGAUGCCCUCGGCUCACACACAAGUACAUUCUUCAGGAUCUUCAGGUCAAAAGAUGCAUCACUGUGUGUUUAUUUUUGUUCGUUUGUUUUUGAAAAGAUUACAUUUAUGCCGGCGGUGUUAUACUGCAGUUCCUUUUAACCUGAUGCCUUUUUCAUGUGUAACCAUGUUCUCCGCUCCGAGCUAGCGUCCCAAGGCGUCCCAAGGGCCGUGCUACGAGGUUUGAACUCCAGGAUGAACUCUAGGAUCGCGCUUAUAAGGCAGAACGUUACCUCAGGGUUAGCUUUGGACCAGAGACACUUGCGGUCCUGAUAUUAGAAGCAGGCGCAGACGUACGAGCUCGGCUGAAAACCUAGAGGUUCACAUCUUGCCAAGACUAUAGGCAGAUGCUGAGCGGAGGUAACACAAACCCCGGGGGUGCGGAAGCAUCUCGAUGUCUGCGUCAGUUGUCAUUUUAGAGUGCUUCUGGUUCCAAACGGCGGUCUCCCCAGUAGCACAUUGACUGACGGUCCUUUAUGUAAAUUGUACUGAGAACUGUGCCUUCCCCUCCCCUCUAAGCCAUGACUAUACUUGCGAUAAUGCCCUUUGCCACCUCGUGAAACCUCGUGUACCACAGGAUUUCGUGUGAACCCGUGUGGUGGCAUAAAGACGUCCAUUCUGUACAUCUCAAGAAUGUCAUAGGGCUGUCGGACUCUAUGUGGGGUGAGCGGUUUUUUUUUAAAGACAAAGAUUUAUUCAGUCGCCUUGACAAAGAAUGACCUACCCCAUGACAAUGACACGGCAGGUGGCGCAAAACUACCCGCAACCUUAACACGUAUCACUAACGCAUGUAUCGCAAGAACGGGUACAACUGAAAUAUGUACCCUGAACGCACCCCCAGACUGUCAUUACGAAAUACUCAGGCUCGCGAUUUUUUUUUUUUUUUUUUCACACUAACUUUGGCGACUAACCUUUUUUUAUACAUGCACGAACAGCCGAACAUGGUUGGCUACUUUAGAUCGUUUUGUCUGCUAGUUAUUCUGUAGAAAAUAAAACACCAAACCCCCUAACCCUAAUUAUAACCACAACUCUGAUCUUAAUCACAGAUGUCGAGCUUACACACACAUGCACAAAGAACAGUACGAGCAUUCUAUAGCAGAUUAGAUAAAAACAAUCACCAUUUUCAUUGGACAUCAGCAAAGGCAAAAUUAAAAGACUGUGCCAGCGCGUGGCAAAAGUCAGUACCAAAAAAAACCGCUUCCAUGUCGGCUUGAGAUGAUCUGAGGCAAGUGUGGGUGGACGAACAGGACGCAACUUGAUCGUCGAAAAGGUCUGUUCCCCCACCUCAACCAUCUACCCCCGGCAUGAAAGUUCACAGUUCUUGAGGAGGCAGGUGUCCAGACACCCGAGUACCUCUGUCCAGCUGCCAUGCUGGAUGUCGAAGGGGAGAGAACCAUACGAAAGUCGCUUUGUCCUCGCUAAACACCCGCGACUGUCUUCACAGUUUGCAGUUUUGUUUGUGAUGUAGAUAACCCUAUAGCAGGGCUUUAACGGGGCAGUCGACCCCAUCUGUAACUGAUCUGCACCUUGGAUAAUACUCGAGAUAUAUGCACACCUCACAAAAGGCGAUAUUUUAGCGAAGUUCGAAUUGUCGAGUUCUGUAAUGAGUGAAGUUAUUUGUGAUUUUGUUCCAGAACAAGUGGUCUACAAGGUUUACAGCUGUGGACAAUAACAACAGUGUAGUAGUACAGAUGUAAAUAUCUGAAUACAGUUUAACGAUGCAUGAUUGUGCAAUGUUAAUAGCGACAACAACUAUUUGACACAAACAUUUGCUGUUUACUUCAUCGCACUUCGAGAUGAGUUUCACAUGCGCCUGUGAGUCAGGACUCACUCUGUGUUGCUCCUUGAAGAUCGUCGCUGCUGCAAAACGCACAAUGCAAGAAAACAAAACAGGUUGAAAAGUAUACUGGGGGGAGGGUCCCUUCUCCCCAUCCAUACCUACUAUUCCGCAGGAAAAGUUAUUAAAAAAAAGGUCAUAGCAUUUAGCACUUACAAAGUUUAUAAGUAAACAUGUUCUGGAAAAAUUUCAGGAUUUCGUAUUGUGAGACGCUACAGCUUCGAACUUCAUCCUCUCGAACUUGCAGGUUUAGAUGUUGGCAACGACGAUAAGAAAUAUAAUAUCAGAUCACGAGUUUAAUUUUUCUGCAACAUCGUAAAAUAAAAGUUUUAAUUGCUUUUCUAGAUAAUCUCUGUAAAUCGUUUCUGUAAAGCUCUCAGCAAAUCAUUGGAAAGCGCUAUAUAAAUCUUCAUUAUUAUUAUUUAAUCUGUACUGUCACAUUCUUAAUCAGGGAAAACCAUUCUCGAAUAUUCGACAGUGUCCGAUCAAGAAGACCCUUAAGAAAGGAUGGUGCAGUAGUGUUCGUACAUAUUUUUCAUACACAGACCCACAAGCUUCCAAGAGUAGACAGUCGAUUCGCAUGUGCGUACAGACCAUGAACGUGUAUCCGUACACAGAUAAACAAAGAUGCGCAAGUGCCCCCAGCCAUGGUAUAGAUGGUUGUAUUUCCAGUUUUCAAGCCGCACUAGCAGCAACAAAUCGUUUUAACUGUUUAACUGUCACCUUUUGACUCAUGCUGGGUUACAAGCUUAGUCUCUGUAAAACUUGAGUCUCAUACAGGUGAGACACCUAGCAGACUACUAUUGGGGUACGUUUACAAGAAUGCUCACAAGCCACCCGUGGCCUGGCUGACCACGCACAGUUUUCCGCUCACCUUUCUCUUCCACCCCUUUCCUGACCUAUGAUCCCCCGAGUUGUGAUCGCUGUCAAACCCGUAGCUUUUAACAAGUCUGAAUAAGACUCCUUUGUUUUACGUGAAUGAAGUUGAUUAAUAAACAUGAAUUUUGGGUAA